GGAUUUCUUUCAAGACCACUUGGAAAAUAUUUCACAACGCUAACUCUACCGAAACGGUUACAUCCAACACUGUGUCGCUCGUUCUUUAACGCUCAGUCAUCACCAAGGACUUUGGCAGCGGAGCGCAAGAUGCCUCAAAAAGAGUACUAUAACCGGGCCACCUGGGAGUCUGGAGUAGCAUCCAUGAUGCAGAACAAGGUGUAUGACAUCUGUAACGAAGGUCACAGCGGAGUGAACCAGCUCGGCGGCGUGUUCGUCAACGGGAGACCCCUGCCAGACUCCACCAGACAGAAAAUAGUCGAGCUUGCUCACAGCGGCGCGCGGCCGUGCGAUAUCUCCAGGAUUCUGCAGACCCAUGCUGAUGCAAAAGUCCAAGUGCUGGACAAUGAAAACGUAUCCAACGGCUGCGUGAGUAAAAUUCUCGGCAGAUACUAUGAGACUGGCUCCAUCCGACCACGGGCAAUUGGAGGUAGCAAACCGAGAGUAGCCACUCCUGAGGUGGUCGGUAAAAUUGCUCAAUACAAGAGGGAGUGUCCGUCAAUCUUCGCUUGGGAAAUCCGAGACAGACUGCUCUCCGAGGGGGUGUGCACAAACGAUAAUAUACCCAGUGUGUCAUCGAUAAACAGGGUACUGCGCAACCUGGCUAGCGAGAAGCAACAGAUGGGCGCAGAUGGCAUGUAUGAGAAGCUGAGGAUGCUGAACGGUCAGACGGGAACGUGGGGGACCCGGCCGGGUUGGUACCCAGGAACCGCGGUGCCGGGACAGCCCAACCAAGAUGGCUGCCCACAGUCAGAUGGAGGGGGAGAGAACACUAAUUCAAUCAGUUCAAAUGGGGAGGAUUCAGAUGAGACCCAAAUGAGACUUCAGCUGAAAAGAAAAUUGCAAAGAAAUCGUACUUCAUUCACACAGGAACAAAUAGAGGCACUUGAGAAAGAGUUUGAAAGAACUCAUUAUCCAGACGUAUUUGCAAGGGAAAGACUGGCGGCCAAAAUCGACCUCCCUGAGGCUAGAAUACAGGUGUGGUUCUCAAACAGAAGAGCCAAGUGGAGGAGAGAGGAGAAACUCCGCAAUCAGAGACGGCAAGCCAGCAACUCCUCCAGCCACAUCCCCAUCAGUAGCAGCUUCAGCACCAGCGUCUACCAGCCCAUCCCACAGCCCACAACGCCAGUAUCCUUCUCAUCUGGCUCCAUGCUGGGCAGACCAGACACAGCCCUCACCAACACGUACAGCGCCCUGCCACCUAUGCCCAGCUUCACCAUGGCCAACAACCUACCUAUGCAAGGUCCGGUACCCAGCCAAGCACCCUCGUACUCCUGCAUGCUGCCCACCAGCCCCUCCGUGAACGGGAGGAGCUACGACACCUACACACCCCCUCAUAUGCAGGCACAUAUGAACAGCCAAUCAAUGGCCGCUUCGGGCGCUACCUCCACUGGCCUCAUCUCCCCCGGAGUGUCUGUUCCAGUCCAAGUCCCAGGCAGUGAGGCGGACAUGUCCCAGUACUGGCCCAGGCUACAGUAGGGCUGUACGUGUCAUCCUCGUGCGACUCCCUCCACUCUCCCUUGGCGGACCAGAGUGUCCAGCAGUAUUUCAUCACAGACCUGAGACUCUCCUGACAGACUCUUAUGAAGAGACUCUUUUGUACUGGGAUUGUGCCAUUCUCUACUGUUUGGACACAAAUACUUGAAGGAAAGCAAGCAAGAAAGAAAGAAAGAGAGACGGAGCGAAAGAAAGAGAGAGACUAAUGGACUUCUGUAAAGUGCCCUGUGUAAAGAAUCUCAAUGGGGAAAAAAUUAUCUCUGUUUUCAGUUUCCAACUUAUGUCAUUUUUCGUGUGUUUGUAUAUGGCCAGUUGUAUGUCAUGAUAAAAAAAACUGAUGGAACCAUGAAACCGAGUCUUGCUCGCUUCUCAUGAAAAGAGGAACAUUUGUGAAGCUUUUCUGCCAUGAUGAAUAGUUUUUAUCAACGUAUUUCAAGAACCUCUACCUGUCUGUCUGUGUACAGAAUGUGGACUCUGGAAAAAAAAGUUUAUAUCGUUCCAAAGCAGAGCUGGACUUGAAGCCACGAGCUGAGGAUUUGUUUCUGUGGUAAUUUUUUCCAAAGCUUGCUUGGGAAGCAUAAAACUCUGAAGAGGGAAAAAAAAACUUCUGGUAGCUAAAAACGGUAGAUUGUGUCUUCGAUAUAAUUCAGUUUGUUAUGUCGAAAUGUAAGUAUUUGUCUUCCCUGGCAAACUCCUGGAACAAUUUCUAUAAUAAAAUGAAUUUCAUUUAUAUUUCUCAGAAUAUUCUAUAUAUGUUUUAUACAUUAUUAUUUUUUCAUUCAUUCGUAAAUACAUUUCCUUCAAUCAAAUCCAUGUUU